GGGCCUGCGUCGGCGGCUCUCUUCUCUGCACAGCGGUUGUCAGCGUCCUGCAUCCCGCGUUCCGGUGCCGAGGAUGGGUCUGAGCGAGGAGCCGCCCGCGGGCGCCCCGGAGGACGAGCUGGAGGACGGGCCGGAGGACGGGGCCCUGGCUCGCGGCGGUGCUCUCGAGGCCUUCGGCGACAGCGCGGAAGCGCGCGCGCUUCUGGGCGGCUUGCGGGCGGUGCUCGGGGACCGCGGGGCCCGGGAGGGCGUCCUGCAGCGGUUCCGAGCAAUCAUGGACAAGUACCAGGAGCAGCCGCACCUGCUGGACCCGCACCUUGAAUGGAUGAUGAAUAUGUUGUUGGAUAUAGUGCAGGAUAAGACAUCUCCGGCUGAGCUCGUGCACCUGGCUUUCAAAUGUCUUUACAUCAUCACCAAGGUUCGAGGAUAUAAAACGUUUCUUCGCUUAUUUCCUCAUGAAGUAGCUGAUGUGCAUCCGGUUCUAGAUAUGGUUACGAAGCAGGACCCCAAGGACCAUGAAACAUGGGAGACCCGCUACAUGCUUCUACUGUGGCUCUCCGUGACCUGCCUGAUCCCUUUCGAUUUUUCGCGCCUUGAUGGGAACCUCGUCUCUCCACCUGGGCAAACGCGCAUGUCCGUCAUGGACCGUAUUCUCCACGUAGCGCAGUCCUACCUGGUCGUCAGCGACAAGGCCCGAGACGCGGCUGCUGUUCUUGUGUCCAAGUUUAUCACACGGCCCGACGUCAAACAGAAGGCGAUGGCGGGUUUCCUGGACUGGAGCCUGUGCACUCUGGCGCGCGCCUCCUUCCAGACCAUCGAGGGGGUCGUCGCCGUGGACGGGACACUGCAGGCCCUGGCACAAAUAUUUAAGCAUGGAAAGCGUGAAGACUGUUUACCCUAUGCUGCCACCGUGCUCGAGCGCCUGGACCGCUGCGGGCUCCCUGAUGGCGGCCACACCCUGCUCCGGAAACUCGCGGUGAAGCUUGUGCAGCGGCUGGGCCUGACCUUCCUGAAGCCCCGGGUGGCCAAGUGGAGGUACCAGCGUGGCUGCCGCUCCUUGGCCGCUAACCUGCAGGCCUCCACCCAGAGCCAGAGGGAGCCCCGGGCGCACACAGAGGCUCCCGACAGCGAGGAGGGCUACGACGUCCCCGAGGAGGUGGAGCGCGUGACAGAGCAGCUGCUGGCCGGGCUGAAGGACAAGGACACGGUCGUGCGGUGGUCUGCGGCCAAGGGAAUCGGCAGAGUGGCCGGAAGGCUUCCCCAGGAGCUGGCGGACGAGGUGGUGGGGUCGGUGCUGGACUGUUUCAGUUUUCAGGAGACGGACGACGCCUGGCAUGGCGGGUGCCUGGCGCUGGCAGAACUGGGCCGGAGAGGCCUGCUGCUCCCUCCGCGGCUCCCGGACGUGGUUGCCGUGAUCCUGAAGGCGCUGACCUACGAGGAGAAGCGGGGCGUCUGCAGCGUGGGCGCCAACGUCCGGGAUGCCGCCUGCUACGUGUGCUGGGCCUUCGCACGCGCCUACGAGCCUCAGGAGCUGAAGCCCUUCGUGGCCGAGAUCUCGAGCGCGCUGGCCGUUGCCACAGUGUUUGACCGGAACGUGAACUGCCGGCGGGCGGCCUCGGCCGCUUUCCAGGAGAGUGUGGGAAGACAGGGCACGUUCCCUCAUGGAAUUGAUAUUUUGACCACAGCUGACUAUUUCGCUGUUGGUAACAGAUCUAACUGUUUCCUGGUUAUAAGCGUGUUCAUUGCCGGCUUCCCUGAGUACACACGGCCGAUGAUAGACCACCUGCUCUCCAUGAAGGUCAACCACUGGGACGGGGCCAUCAGAGAGCUGUCGGCGAAGGCGCUCUGUAACCUGGUCCCACGGGCUCCUGAGUACAGCGCUGUCCAAGUCCUCCCACGCCUGCUGUCGAUGACACGGAGCCCAGACCUGCACACGCGUCACGGGGCUGUGCUCGCCUGUGCGGAGGUCACUCACGGCCUGUGCGCCCUGGCGGUGCGGGAGAAUAGGCCUCUUGCCGACUACCUGGACGAGACGGCGGUGCAGGGUCUGAAACAGAUUCACCAGCAGCUUUGCGAUCGUCAGUUAUACAGGGGUCUGGGAGGAGAACUCAUGCGACAGGCAGUGUGUGUCUUAAUAGAAAAGCUGUCCCUUUCCAAGAUGCCCUUCAGAGGCGAUGCUGUGAUUGAUGGUUGGCAGUGGCUGAUAAACGACACUUUGAGGCAUCUCCACCAUAUUUCAAGUCAUUCUAGACAACAAAUCAAGGAAGCGGCUGUGUCGGCCCUGGCUGCUCUCUGCCGCGAAUACUACACGGAGGAGGCCGGGGAGGCAGAGCACGCCGGCUACGGGGGCCUGGUAGAGCAGUGCCUCGCCGAGCUGCGGGGCCCCGAGGAGAUGACGCGCUGCGGCUUCUCGCUGGCCUUGGGGGCCUUGCCCGGCUUCCUCCUGCGCGGCAGGCUCCAGCAGGUUCUAGCAGGGCUAGGUGCCGUCACCCACAUCUCCCCGGAGAGCGUGAGCUUCGCAGAGUCCAGGCGGGAUGCCUUGAAGGCGAUCGCCAGGGUCUGCCAGACCGUGGGAGUGAGCGCAGAAGGGGCCCCCGACGAGGCCGUGUGCGGAGGGAACGUGUCCCGGAUCUACUGCACGCUGCUGGGCUGCCUGCAGGACUACACCACGGACAGCCGCGGGGACGUGGGCGCCUGGGUCCGCGAGGCCGCCAUGACCAGUCUGAUGGACCUGACGCUUCUGCUGGGGCGGGACCAGCCGGAGCUGAUCGAGGCUCCCACCUGCCAGCGGGUCAUGUGCUGCCUGGCCCAGCAGGCGAGCGAGAAAAUCGACCACUUCCGCGCGCACGCCGCACGCGUGUUCAUGACGCUGCUGCACGCCGCCGGCCCCGCCGGCCCCGCCGUCCCCCACGUGCCGCACCGCGGGGAGCUGGAGCAGCUCUUCCCCAGGUCCGAGGUGGCCUCCGUCAACUGGACGGCGCCGUCCCAGGCCUUCCCUCGCAUCACCCGGCUGCUGGGGCUGCCCACCUACCGCUACCACGUGCUGCUGGGCCUGGCCGUGUCCGUGGGCGGCCUCACGGAGUCCACGGUCAGGCACUCCACGCAGAGCCUGUUUGCGCACAUGAAGGGCAUUCAGAGCGACCGGCAGGCCCUGGAGAGCUUCAGUGGGACCCUCUUACAGGUCUUCGAGGACAACCUUCUCAAUUACAGGGUGUCGGUGCCGCUGCUCAAGAUGCUGGACCAGAUGCUGGCGCACGGGUGCUUCGACCUCUUCGCGGUGGAGGAGGACCACCCGUUCUGUGUGAAGCUGCUUGCGCUUUGUAAGGCAGAAAUCCACAAGUCCAAGGACGUCCAGAAACUGCGGUCCAGCAUCGCCGUGUUCUGCGGGAUGGUGCAGUUCCCCGGCGACGUGAGGCGGAAGGUGCUGCUGCAGCUGCUGCUCCUGCUCUGCCACCCGUUCCCCGUGAUCCGCAAGACCACCGCCAGCCAGGUGUACGAGAUGCUGCUCACCUACAGCGACGCCGUGGGCGCGGACGUCCUGGACGAGGUCAUGGCUGUGCUUAGCGGCACCGCCUGGGACGCGGAGCUGCACCUCGUGCGAGCCCAGCGGAACCACCUGUGUGACCUCCUCGGCGUGCCCAGACCUCAGCUGGUCCCCAAGCCUGCGGCCACUGAGGCCCAUCCGGGGAGCUGAGCCCGUGCACCUGUCGGACAGGGCGGAGCCGCCCGGCGCAGUGAGCACAGGAGACCUGGACACAGUGCCUCGGCCGUCGGCUGGUACAUUUGCUGAGGGACUUGGGAGUUUGUCACCACGGAGCCCGCUUUUCAUCACACACGUCCUGCACUUGAGUGGCCUGGGUCGUUGGUGCUUUUGUCUUAAACUUAAGCCCACGUCUUAUAAAAUCACGUGCUGAACAGUCUGUGUCUGUCCGUCUGUCUCUGG